UCUGGCUCUGACACUAGCCAGUGCCUCCCCAGCCAUUGACCUCACCGCAAGUCGCUGGUGUCCAAGUAGUUCCAGAGAGGUGGGAAUAUGGAGAGCGAGAUUGAUAUGUGAAAGAAACAGGGAGAGAUAUAGGGGAGAUAAGUGGUUGAGAUCCAGUGGAGAGAAGAGAGGGGACAGAGGAAUUGAGAAACAGUUAUAAAUAGACGGAGCGAAAAAUAAAGAUAAGAAACACUACAGAAAAGGCUCGUAUUAGGGUGAGAGAGACAGGGUUGUAUAUAAAAAUAAACGUUUUUCUGGCUGGUUGGCUCACCGAGAGGGACGGAGAGUCAUUUAAUAAAAAAAAAUGGAAUAUGAAUCCUAAAAAUAAGCGUUUUACCUUCAGGGAAAUAGAACGAAUGAGACUGAAGAUGACGAAAAAAUGUUUUCGAGUUUUUAUGACAAGGAAACAAAUUUAUAGCCCAACUUGUACCAGUAAUAAACAUGUAAAAGAGGGAGUGACGAACUAAAACUUUGAACUUCUCUUUUCCAUCAAGGUUAUCGUGGAGAAGUUAUUUUUUUACAGGACAGCCGCGGUGAAGACCAAGUGACUGGAUCUCCAUUAGCAUGGACGGUCAAGAAGAACAGCAUGGUCCUGAAGCACUGUAUAACAAUGCCAAAAUCCAGUUUAUAAGAUUAUUGAACAAAUGGAAGGAGACCAGGGUGAUUAGCAUCAAGGAGACGCGGAGGGUUGCCGAUGCGCUGGCCAAGCUGGAGAAAGAUGUCAACAUCUCCCAGACAGUGGGCACGGCCACCAGCCUUAUUGGUGGCAUCGUGGCUCUCGCUGGGAUCAUCGCGGCCCCGUUUACGUUCGGUGCCUCUGCUCUAAUAGCAGGUGUGGUGGGAGCUGGGAUUGGCAUAACGGGUGGUUUGGUGACAGCUGGGAGCAGCCUUUCCAAGAUCUUCAUAAAAAAAUGCAAACUCAAAACCACUGAAACAGCCGUUAAAUUAGACACAGAAAUGCUGGAAGACGUCAUGAAUUCACUGAUCAACCUCAAUGAAGCAUGCAUCGAGCUUACUCAUUUCGACAAGCAAGAUCACAGGGCGUAUUCUUUCAGGAAAGCUUACGGAAAGCUGUGCAGACAUGUGGGGGUCCAGCCUGGCAGUGGUGAUCAGUUCACCGAGUCACUGGUACGAGUGUUCAUUGGUGUAGGCAUUGUUCCAGCGCAGUCAGCUGAUGCAGUUGAGAUUGGAGUGAGUGUGGUCAAGGCAGCAAGAUUUGGGGCAAAAGCAAGCUUGGUGGGAGCUGAGUUGGCAAAUAAUGCCAGAAUGGGAGCUUCUAUAUUCAAAACCGCCAGUAUGGCAGUGGGAAAGGCUGCAUUUUCUGGCGUUUUUUCUUCCCUGGGGAUCGUCUUAGACGUCGCAUUUCUUGCCUACUUGGGAAGAAAGCUGCACAAAGGGAGCCCAUCCCAGGUGGCGAAGGAGUUGCGAGAGAGGGCUGACAUGUUUGAGCAGCAGCUGCCAAAGUUUGAUGAAUUUGCCAAGCGUUUUCCUGGGCCGCCGUCGUGUCUGGAGCAACUCUACCUCCAAGCACGUCGCAAGAUCUCGAAAAUGGAUCUGUGCUCUAUUGUUCUGUGCUUUGCUGCUCUGCUGGUCGGUAUAUGGGCCCUAAUCGCGUGGCUCUGUAGUGGUCCCAUGCCGAUGACCGCUGUAGGUUUCCCUCGCCCUGCAGAGCGAGCGAGGUUUGUCGGGCAGGAGCAGAGCUCAUUUUUCUGGCACGUGGUUUACGUCACUCUGACCUUUGUAUUCAUGCUUGGUACUGGGGCCGUCUUGCUCCUUUUCUAACAAACGUGCAAUCACAUCAGCGGCGGUACAACAGGCAUGCUUUCGGGUGCGGGAGCCUGGGUGCAAUGUAAGAUUGUAGGCUGAAAGAGGUGGGUUAGGAAGGUGUUGUUUUGCAGGUUGCCGUUCCACAAGGCUCUUUGCCGUCUCUGACAUUAUUUCUUCUCUUUGUGACUUGCUAUAUCCUGCUCACACGAUUCACUCUUCAUAACAGCACUCGUAAUUCAUCAUACUCAUCAGUAGUCUAGAUUCCACUCUCAGCUGCCAAAUGUGCCGAAUCAAACGGAGGGGGUCUCGUUUACGAACCGUUUUCCCAUUUGUCUUUGAGUAUGUGGAUCGCGGAUUUGCUGAUUCCGGAUAUUUUCAAGAACGUAACCCUUGCCAUAGGUAAUGAUUUGGUGUACAAGUUCAGUCGGAGUUAGAAUACUGUUGUCAAAUCUGGGAUUGCCUCAUUCCUACAGUUCUGACAUUGGAAAGCAUGAAUACUCCCCAUUGAUGCAUUUUUGUCUUGUUUGCAUAGUUUAGUGAAUUGCCAUGUAUUUGUAUGAAUGCUUGCAAAUCUUGUUGUAGUGUCGUAUAAACAUAGUCAUGUGUCUUUUAACUAAUGGUGAAGGUUUAUUUACCUGUCAUUGACAAGGAUAUCGGUGACACGUAACAAUAAGUGAUUGAGAAGUGAAAUCCAACUGUCGACAUUGUCCAUUCACCGUGCAUAUAGCAUCAGCAUUGAUUCAUAGUCGACUUGAGGAAUCCAUUUAUAGAUUUGAAGCUUUCGUAACUGCAAGGAUUCAUAUUCUUUGGUUUUAUUCGGUAAAGUCACGUAUGAAAAAUAAAAUAAAAGAAAACAAUUAAAUCAC